AUGGGCUUGGUCCACCUCGGCCAGCUCGAGGCAUCUUCACCUGCAGCCUCCAAACUCCAACAAAAUGUCUCGCAACAAAACAAAUCCCACACAACACCACAGACGCGAUCGCUAAACCACCGAGCCUCGUCACUCUUGUCGACAACCGCGGCCAAGCCGGCACUGAGACGACCGCCCUCUUCCGCAUCGCUCGCCUCGUCAAAUGGGAAUGGGAAUGGGAGUGGUAAUAGAGGGACCAGAGCAGCAACAACAAUAGCCAGACCGGUUGCUAAGACAGCCAAGAUUACAGCAACCACCGCAGCCACUAGCCCUACUGCCAGAAUCACGCCCACGAUCCCUUCGACGGCAGCCAUCAUUAGCAGGACGGCGCCGCCAACGCGCACACCGCUCAGACUGCGAGAUCACAAUGCUGCCCCUGCCCCGGUGACGAGGUCAUUGUUGAAGCAGACAGGAAACAUGCCCCACGAACCACCGGCGAAUACCCACGGGAAUGGCAAGCGACCUCAGAUGCCUUUGCUCAGCGCCGCCGCCGCAAGGGGCACGAACCGGACACCGGUAACCCCAAAGAUGCCAAAGAUCGCUGCCUCCAAAGCGCCACAGACACCCACCAUAGCAACCACUACCCCUCUAAACAGACGAACCCAGCAACAACACCAACAACGCCCUACCAUAGCCAACUUGAACCGAGAUUCGACAUCAUCCCACCGCACGAGUCACCACGAGGAACCGGUCCCCGUGCUGGCACCUCACCUAAUCAGUAAUAUCACGCCUCGCUCUGGCUCAAGACAGAACCGCGUCGACAGCGCGAGCAGUACCCCUAAUGGCACACCAAUUCCCGAACGCUCAGAAGAAUGGGAUCCCAAGUCCAGCUUUGGCGGCAUUCCGAGCCCGAGCCCGCAAUUCGAAGCCGACAGUACGAGAAGGCCAACCUUGAACUUCAACCCGAUCAAUCUCGACAUUAAUGGUCAUGGGAGGCAAGAAGCCCAGCCCACGACCGAAUCCAAGUUCUUCCAUGCCAGCGAUGUCAAGAACACCCGGCCAACAAGCGUCGUCGCCAGACCAGCACUGCCACCAAAAGGGUCGAGUUUCUUCUAUGCCAACGGAAAUAACAUUGAAAACAAACUAGCCGGUCCAGCCCCGUUUGUGCCAGUGCUUGCCCACACGCAUGACAAUGUUCCCAGCAAGUUCAUGUACGCCAAUGGUGCUCCCGAGUUGCGGACCAGUCCCCCACCUCUGAUUUCACGAGGUUCGGGCUCCGUCGUAUCAACAGCCUCGAAAGCGCCGACCAGUCGUCCCGGCACGAACCCUCCCGCGUCCGGGCACGCUUUUGCUCCGAGACCUGGGUCACCGAUCAAGCUUGCCUCACAGCCACAAUUAGCUUCGUUGAAGCAUCACAAUGUCCCUCUGGGCGCCGGGAACCGCUCCCAGAUGGUAUCCCCACCACAAUUGGGGCCAUCGCCGCCUGGGCUGACCCUCCGCCGAUCCAGCACUGCCACCUCCCGAUCUGGCGGUCAUUCUCGCUCGGGCAGUAUGGUUAGUGGCGAUCAUGCAUUAGGAAUCACCAAACCAUUGGCAUCCCCUCUCUCAGAGUUGGGCCCUCCUCUCAACGUCUCUGCUAGGCCCGCACCCUUGACGCUUGCUUCAAUAAUACAAGCAGCAGAGGAGUUCGAGGAGAUCGAGGAGGUUACGUCCCCAGACGAGGCUCGGUCAGGAUUGCAAAGUCCGACUAAGUCCUCUCACUCAACAGCAGAUCCCAUUAGUGAACUGGUUGCGAAUGCUCGACGGGAACGGAAGGUCCAAGACCUACAAAUCACCAACGCCUCUCUUGAGGCCAUCAACCGAACACUCGAGCGUCAGCUCCGGAAACAGACAGCAGAGCUUCGAAGAUACCAGCGUCUAUCACGAUCUGGCCGGUUAUCAAUCGCUUCUACGACAAAGUCCAGUCGUGUGCCAUCGGAGACACUGUCAGAGCACCAGGCGACGGGCCUUGACCUGUCAGAUCUCAGUGAAGAGGGAUCGGAUAUGGAAGAUGAACUUGAUGAAGAGUCGUUUUCGGAUUCUGACUCGAUGACUUCGUCAUUGAGCCCUAGUGUCAUUGCGGAGCGUGACGCUAAACAUCGCAAAAAGGAUGAGAAACGAUUGCAAUUGGACCUCUCGAAACAUCAAGAACUUCUUAUAGACUCGCAGAAGAUCAACCAGAGUAUUAAGAGAUGUCUUGAUUGGACUGAAGAGCUCAUCAACGACGGCAAAAAGGCGCUCGCUUAUAAGGUCCGUGUCAGUGACAUAGAGCUGGGCGGGAGGGUGCUAGAUCCAUUGGACGAAGAAGAUGAAACUACGCAAACCCUCAAUGAUCCUCAUGACGACGACACGAUCAGGCUUGGCACCAACAUUUCGGAGGACCCUGAGAGGGUGGCGACCUGGGGCGAGGAACCACAGGAUAGGGAUAGCGGUGUAGAGCUGCCUGCCGACAAAACAUAA